AUGGCAAAGUCCCAGAAGAAGAGCCGCCGAUAUGACAAAAAACAAACAACCAAAAAUCGUAAAGCCACCACACUUCAGAUUCGUGCGGCCAAGUCUCAGACCAACGCGAUUUUCUCGUUGGCAGCGUCGUCCAAUCCGAACCCCAAAAAUAUAGGUCCAUUCAGUGACAGCCAGCGCAUCUUGGUCGUAGGCGAUGGAGAUUUUUCUUUCUCUCUGUCCCUAGCUGUGUUUCUUGGUGGGAAAAAUCUUGUCGCCACGUGUUACGAUUCAGAGCUGGAACUCAAGGACAAGUAUCCGAAUGCACUAUUAAAUUGUGAUGCUCUUGAUACGGCUGGUGCUGAAGUGCAUUUUGAUGUGGAUGCGACAAAUUUAAAGAAGGAAAAAUGGUUGGAUGAGGCACAUCCUUUUCACAUGAUUGUGUUCAACUUCCCUCAUCUUGGAGGUGGUACUGAAGAGGAUGUGACCAACAACCAAAAGCUGUUGAAGAAUUUUUUCUAUGCAACGCGGGAAUUCUUGCAUCCUGAUCGCGGGCAUGUGCUAGUUUCGCUACGUAACACGCCGUUUUACAGGCGAUGGAAAAUUCAGGAACAGGCAGCAGCCAGUGGCUUUCAAUUGAGACGCACCGAGGCAUUCAAUGCAGACAUCUAUUCAGGUUAUGAGGCGCAGCGUACACACCCAGCAUCGUUUCGAGGAGAACCGCCCUCUACAGCAGGAUCACACUACUAUUUCUUCGCCCUAGACAAGAGCUAUGACGAAGAAAAUUCGAAUCAGCAAGCUUAUAAAAAACCAAAAGCAAACGAUUUGUGCAAUAGCAACGACAUGAAAAAGGAAAUAGCAAAAAUCAAACGAGGAGCAUCCUCAGCGCCAUCUUUGAGGCUAAUCUGCCAGCCCUGUGGGCUCACAUUUCGCGACACGAAGAAAUAUAACGGACAUUUAAAUUCUGCAAAGCACGCUAAGAAGGUCAAGGCGUUAAAAAAGAAAUUUUAG